UCAUCCACCAUCUUCUUCUUAUCUUUCACUAGCUACUCAUUCAUCCACAAUCUCGCAGCCAUGUUGCCUAGGAGUCGAACUAUGCCGAGCAGAAUCCACCAUAGCGCUAUCGAAGAACGACACGAUAUCAGGCACUACUUACAAGUAGAAGUUCAGCCUAAAGCCGAGAACGAGAUUGAAACAACAAAUCGUCAAGCCAACUAUUCCAAGUGUUUCGAUGAUGAUGGACACUUGAAGAGAACAGGCACUUUUUGGACCGCAACGUCGCACAUUAUAACUGCGGUCAUCGGAUCAGGAGUUCUGUCUUUGGCAUGGGCCUUUGCACAACUUGGCUGGGUUACAGGACCAACUAUGCUGGUACUUUUCGCCUUUGUCAACCUCUACACUUCCAACCUCCUAGCAGAGUGUUAUAGAUCUGGUGACCCUGUAACCGGACAAAGAAACUAUACCUACAUGGAAGCUGUUAAGGCACAUUUAGGAGGAUGGAAGGUCAAGUUAUGUGGAUGGAUUCAAUACCUGAAUUUGUUUGGUGUUGCAAUUGGGUAUACAAUAGCUGCAUCAGUGAGCAUGAUGGCGAUCAAGAGAUCGAACUGUUUCCACAAGAGUGGUGGAACGAAUCCGUGUCACAUGUCGAGCAACGGGUAUAUGAUAUCAUUCGGUAUUGCAGAAGUGAUUUUUUCUCAGAUACCGAACUUUAGUCAUGUAUGGUGGCUCUCCAUAGUCGCAGCUAUUAUGUCAUUUACGUAUUCCACUGCUGGUCUUGGACUUGGCAUAAGCAAAGUUGCAGAACAUGGGAGAUUCGAGGGAAGCCUGUCGGGUAUCAGCAUAGGUACCCUAACACAUGCUGGAACUGUUACCGGUAUGCAGAAGAUAUGGAGGACUUUACAAGCCCUGGGAGCUAUUGCCUUUGCAUAUUCGUAUUCUGUAAUCCUUAUCGAAAUUCAGGAUACAGUGAAAUCACCUCCAGCAGAGUACAAGACAAUGAAGAGGGCUACUUCAUUCAGCAUCAUUGUAACAACUGUGUUUUAUUUACUCUGUGGUAGCUUCGGAUAUGCAGCCUUUGGUGAUCUCUCUCCCGGAAAUCUUUUAACUGGAUUCGGGUUUUACAACCCGUACUGGCUGCUCGAUAUCGCUAAUCUAGCGGUCGUCGUCCACCUCGUCGGUGCAUAUCAGGUAUUUUGCCAGCCCUUGUUUGCAUUUGUUGAGAAAUGGUGUGCUCAAAAGUGUCCAAAGAGCGACUUCGUGGUGGCGGAACACGAAAUACCAAUCCCUUUCGCCGGCACGUAUCGAAUCAACCUCUUCCGCCUAGUAUGGAGGACGAUAUUCGUCGCGAUUACGACUCUCAUAGCCAUGCUGAUGCCGUUUUUCAACGAUGUCGUUGGAUUCCUAGGGGCAAUGGGAUUUUGGCCGUUAACUGUCUACUUCCCGAUUGAGAUGUACAUCUCUCAUAAGAAGAUUGGACGGGAAACAAGUAGGUGGCUUGCCCUUCAAAUGAUUAGUGUGGCUUGUUUCUUUGUCACGGUGGCUGCUGCAGUUGGCUCUGUAGCUGGAGUUGUUCUUGAUCUCCAGACAUACAAGCCGUUUAAGACUAGUUAUUAAGAGUCAUGAAGAUGAAGAUGAAGAUAGUCCAUGAAUAAGGUACAAUGGAAAAGUAGGAAUUGCACGUAUUUGAAUCGAUGUUAAUAAGUGAUUUGAGAGCAAGAGCA